AUGGCACAAUCGUCCAAAGAAUCUGCCAAAAACAACCCUGGACUCCAAACUUUUGUCGACAGAGCUACUAAAAGCUAUUUCUUGCAUCAUACUGUGAGCUUAAUUUCUAAUGUUUCAAGACAUAUGGUUCGGAUAAAGGACCCAAGAGUGAGUCUCGAUUUCUACUCUAGGAUUAUGGGCAUGUCGUUGCUUAAAAGGCUCGAUUUCGCAGAUCUGCGGAUAAGCAAUUACUAUAUGGGAUACGAGGACACAUCAAGGGCCCCAAUUGAUCCCCUUAGGCGUACGGCUUGGGCUUUCAGUCAGAGAGGUGUAAUUGAGCUUACACACAUGUGGGGCACAGAAACAGACCGUAAUUUCACAGGUUAUCACAAUGGAAACACAGAACCACUUGGUUAUGGGCACAUAGGCAUAAACGUGGGUCACGUGCAAAAAGCAAUCAAUAGGUUCGAAAGUUUGGGAGUGCAGUUUGUACAGAGAAUUCGCAGUGGUAAUAGGGACAGCGUAGCAUUUAUCCAGGAUCCUGAUGGCUACUGGAUUGAAAUCUUUGACACUAUAUCAGCUGUCCAGACAGCUAUUGAUAAUAAUUCAAUCUGA